AUGGUCAAAUACCUCCUCGUCGAUGCCAAUACAUCAUACAACAUUAUCAUAGGAAGACCGACCUUAAACCAACUCGGAGCUAUGGUGUCUACCCUGCAUCUGACGAUGAAGUUCCUGGGAGAGGCGCAACACCGAGAUGACUCCCCCACUAUCGCUCACAUCACUCAAGAGGACAUCACUGACCUGGAUCCGAGGUCGGAAGCCCAUGACAACCGACCGAGUCCAAUCGACAAGCUUGCUGAUUUGCAAAUCGGUAAACUCCCUGGCCAAUGCACCAAGAUAAGCCAACAUUUGAGCACAGAUUUGCGACAACAACUUGUAGCCAAAAUCUCCAAAAAUGUUGACCUCUUUGCAUGGUCCAGCGCUGACAUGCCAGGUAUAGAUCGCAACCUUAUCUGUCACAGAUUUGUAAUUUACAAAGAGAAGAAACUGGUGCCUCAGAGGAAACGAAAGGUCAGUGGUGAGAGACGAGAAACCAUCAUAGCCGAAACACAAAAUCUGAUAAAAGUAGGGUUCAUCCGAGAAGUCCGGUACACCACGUGGCUAGCCAACGUGGUGCUUGUUAAAAAGAACUCAGGGAAGUGGCAUAUGUGCGUCGACUACACUGACCUAAACAAGGCUUGCCCUAAAGAUGCCUACCCCCUACCAAGUAUUGAUAGGUUGGUUGAUGGAGCCUCUGGCCACACCCUCCUUAGCUUUCUGGACGCUUAA